AAUAUGCACUGGAAACCCUAGCUUAGAAAAGGAAAAGACCAGAGGAUUUUGAAAGUCACGCCAUGAGUAUCUUAAUUUUUGUCCUCACAGUGAGCAUUUUCUCGUGUUCAGGGUUUCCAGUGUACGACUACGAACUCCCUGUCACAGAAGAGGCUCUCAAUGCUUCCAUUGCAAGGGUCAAUUCUCAGUCUUGGGGGACAAACCUGUACGGUGUUGUCAGGAGCCAUGUCACAAGAGUUGACAUGUGGAACAGCAAUGCUUAUAGACUAGAGCUGCAGUUCAGCAUCCAUGAAACUGUGUGCACAAAAGCUUCAGGGAGAGACCCGUUCACAUGUGACUUCAAAAUUGGGCCUUUUGUGCCAACAGCUUUCUGCAGAAGUGUUGUGGAAGUCUCCGAUGAGGUGAUCUCAAACAUUAUCGUGCAGUGCCAUCGUGGCACAUCCAGCUCUGAAUCAAUGAGCAGCGAGGAGAUGAUGCAUGUGCCGAUAAUGAAUCCCAACAGGCGAGGCAGCAGUCACAGAGAAGAUGUCUUUGCUCCUGAAGCCUUCCCUUCAAGGGGAAGAGGUGGUGGCCGUGGAGGCUGGCAUAAACCCAGCUAUUUCAGUCGUGUCAAGAUUGAAUAAUAUGGUUUGGUAGAUUGGAGAAUGAGAAGAAUCAAGAAUCAAAGAUCCAGCACGUGAAGAAAGAACCCGAUGCUAUUUCCUUUUCUUUUUCAUGGAAAACUAUUCUGUAAUGAAGUAACAGUCUUUCCCUAAACUUACUUUCUGCUGUAAUGUCAAAUAACCAUUGGAUGAGCUCAUGAGAUGCUAAAUGCGUGCGCUUGUCAGUCGAUAGCCGUCUUCUGAUGUGCUAGAGCUCACUGGGAGGACUGUCUCAGACACCUAGCAUAAAUGUGUUCAGUAUGUGUUGUACCACCUCAUAAUGACGCUAUUAAAGGAUCAUUAUUCCACCUGUUUGUUCUGCAUUGCUCUCUGGUUGCUUGUAAUUUUCUGUAAUGCUUGUAGCUAAUUAUUGAUUUAUUCAAACUAAUAAAGGCACUUAAUUCCUUUUUUUCUCUGGGGUACAACA